AUGGCCAACAAGGCCACAGAACCUCGCGUCCCCAUGACCCUGCAGAGGUCACGUCUGAAGGCCGAGGAGAAGACCCUGGAUUUUGAGUUUGAGGUGGUGAAUGUGCAGUUCAAUAAAACGGGAAGAUAUGCCCUGAGGUUGACUGUGGAGAACCUGCUGCUGGAGGGGUCUGGGGCUGGGGUGAAGCUGCAGGUGAAUGAGGGAGACGCCCAGUACACCACCGUGGGGACCACCGACAUCAUUGAGCAGAGCAACCCCAAUGAGAUCUGUUCCUUUGAGAGGAGGAAAUUUAUCUUCACUCUGCCCAAAGGAUUCUGCAAAAAUGACAAGAACCACGAUGUGCGGCUCCGGAUUGAAGCUCUGCAGCUCCAUGGUACCUCUAUGAAGAACAGCCUCCGGGCAGGGGAAGCCUUCUUUGCCAUCUAUCCUCGUACCAACCAGCCCCGGAUCAACCUCUUUGCCGAGAAGGAUGAGGAUCUGUACCGUUACGACGAUAUCAUGGCGCUGCUGCGGGUGGGCAAUGACAAGCUGGCAAUGCACUGUGGGAGAUUGGCCUACAGUGUGUGCUUUCAUGAGCACCGCCCACCCGUACCAAAGGAAACACAUAGUUCAUCCCAUCAGCUUUCACCCCAGCCAUCCACAAAGGAAGAGGGGGCAGGAACACCACGGCCAUCAUCCCCAAUGCCCCUGAAGUCACUGGGAACCCCCUUGCAAGGUCACUCACACAUUACUCCAGGAGCAUCCACAGACUCUCCUAGACAUUUGCCAGCUGUGGACCUCCACACCUCCUCACCAGAGCAGAUAUCCAAGCUACCUGUUGAGCCUGACCAAGACUCCUCCCCAGAUCUAGAGGAUGAUUCAGCAGAUGAGGCACUCGCUUCUUCCUCCUCUUCACCAGCUAUGCCAAGGCAAUUACCAAGCAAUGCCAGUUUUCACCUCUCUUCACCAGGAUACAGCCCAGAUCUGGACUGCCAACCCUUCUCUGAGAUGCAGGUAUCAGAGUCUCCUCCUGAAGGCGAUGAAUCUGUGCGCACUUCAGAAACUAACAACUGGCACUUGGCGCACCCCGGAAAAGACUCCAUCUCUGUCACUCUACAUGGAGCCACCAACCUACCUCCUAACCAGCGGGGCCAAGCACCAUGGCCCUAUGUGAUUGUUAAAACCAAAUACCAAGCACAGAACAAAAAGGAAGCCCAGGGAGUGACUCAUGCCUCCACAGAGCCUACCUACUCUCCAACCUGGGAGGAGAAGGUGACAGUAGAAACGGAUGCAGAAGAUGCUGGCCACGAAGCUGUGACCUUGACCACAGCAGACAAAAACACCAAGGAAGUGUUAUCAACCUACCAGAUUCCUGUGCGGUAUCUCCGACCUUUCCAUCACUACCACUUCAAACUGAUGCUGCCAAAGAAGAAGGACUCCUCUGAGACAACCCUGUAUGCUACCGUUGUUCGUAAAAGCAGCCUCAUCCCACGUUACGUUGGAAUGAACUACACCGGCUUGGAGGUUUUCCUCCAUGGAGUGAAUGAGCCUCUAGAAAAGUCUCAAGGUCCCCUUAUAGCUGUUGCUAGAGUUGUGAACAACUUGAACGCAUACAAAAGGAUCAUGAGGAUGCGGCCCCCUGCCUCUCCUGUGGUUGAUCUAACCGCCAUCAGGUUCCCAAACCCAUCGCUAGUGGACUUUGAUGCUCCUCGAGUCACCAACCGCGGAUUCCCACAGGUCACCCAUCCAUCUAAUCCCACAGAGAAACCAAGCUGGAACACCUCUUUUCUCUUCCAAGGCAGGGAUGGGGCCACCAUCUUCUCAGAUGAUACUGCCCUGGUGAUCGAGUACUAUCCCCACAAACCAAUGUCAGAAACAGAUCCUGAGAACGUGUCACAGCCUUUGGGUUACUCCGUAUUGCCCCUGACCAACCGUGUGUAUCGGAAGCUUGUGGCUGAGAGCAACCGGAGUGGGAUUCAAGUGGAAAACCUUCUCGUCCAGGACACCAACCUGAAGACCACAUCUGGUGGUAUCCCGACCAUUCAAAUCAGUUUGCAGCUGGUUGGCUCAGAGAGACCAGAUGUAUUUUUAACUCCAUCCAAUACCGGCACCCUUCCUAGCCUGAAUUCCUCAGUCUUGGAGAAGCUUGGGAACAUCAAGGAGCCCUGGAUGCAAGCUUCCCUGAUGCAACUGGAAGAGAUGGCCCCCAUUGAAACUCAGCGCAAGAAGUCCUAUCUCAAUCUGCCAUUGCUUUUCCAAGGUGACCUGUCCCCCUCAGACCUGGAUGCCUUUGCUGAGCCAUUGCCUGAUAGCCAGAUACACCCAUAUGAGAAGGUGGAAAAACCUGUCAUCAACGAUGAGGACAAUUACAGUAGACCCCAGAACAUCACCAAGGAAGACCAAGAUCAGUUCCCCGCAAGGGAUACCUCCCUCCCGCCUGCUGAUGCUGUUGCCAAGAUUUUGCCUCUUAACCAGAAAUUUGCUUACAAGAUGACAGAAGACCGGGGCGUUGGCAGCGAUGAGGCCAUCAGUAGACCCCGGGAUGUCAUCACGCACCAACAGGAUCAGGAGCCAGACACCUACCGCUUGGCCCUGAUGAGGAUGGCGGACGACAUCCUGUCCCUGCGUAGGCAUGUUGUCAACCUGGAAACCGAGAACAGCAACCUGCGCCGCAACCUCAACAUGCACAAGGACCUAGGCCGCACCCUGCUGGAUGAUGUCGACAUCGAUGUCAUGACCAAGGCAGAGAUCGUGGACAGGAUUGUGGGUCUCAAGCAGAAGCUGGCUGCUGAGACGAUGGAAAUAAGGAAGUUGAAGGACCGAGUCCAGCAGCUGCAGAAUGAACUGAUCCGGAAAAAUGACAUGGAAAAGGACCUGCUGACACUGCAGCGAGCCCACCAGCAGCAGCAGGCGGUGCUAAGGAAGUAUAAUGAGAAAAUUGCCAAGAUAAAAGCCCUGGAAGAAACUGUGCGGCAACAGGAGAAGGUGAUUGAGAAGAUGGAGCGGCUGCUGGAGGGGAAGUUGGCUGAGGUAACCAAGAAUGCUCCCCUUCCAGGCAAGACCUUCUCCAAGGGACUCUACACAACACUGCUCACCGAGAACUUGAGGUUGCAGGAGGAGCUGGGGAGAUCCCAUUACUGCUCCUCCCCCAUCAUCCUGCAGCAGCAGUCCUUGCCGGACAUAUACGACCACUCGGAGAGGUUAUCCCUGCUGGCCAAGCUGGAGAAGGCUCAGACUCAUAUUCAUGUCCUGGAAAGCCAACUGGAGGAGUCUGCAAGGACGUGGGGACGAGAGAAGCAAGAACUCAACAACCGGCUGAUGGAGCUAGAGCAUGGCUUCAGGCACUUGCCCUCCCCUGUCCCGCAUGACUUUCAAGUGAAGACUUCAUCAGACCCCACAACGCAUCACAAGCGGCAUCAGACACUCGACCCUCUGCCCUAGCACCUCUUGUGAGAUUGACCUGUUGGUCUCACAAAUGAAAGACUAUGAGGUUUUCCAGCCGGUCUCCAGCAGG